AUGUCUCCUUCCAAGAAACCCGUCUCUUUGCCCAAACAACCCUCUCCCUCCAAACUCUUCCAUCAUAAACAUAAUGCCGGCCCUUCCUCACCCGUUAAAUCAACGAAACCAGUCUCGAUGGCCUCUUCACAUUCUUUUUCUGGAUCUGGCUCAAGCUCUGGCAUGGGCGCUGAUUCGAGUGCUGUUCCUACUUUGACCUUCAAUCGACCGGCGAACUCUCGGCACAACUCCAGUCUGUCCACUCUGAGUCAAGCAUUGCAAAAAUUAGAGAAGAUGCCAGGUCUCACCGCGGGUUCGAGGCCGGGUACGAGUCUAGGUUUCAGUCGGGACCGCGACACUUCUGAUACAGAGGGAGGACAAACCAAUCGGCCGAAAUCUGUUCUAGGUCAUAAUGGAAAAGCGAAGGCGAAGGACGACUCACACGCAGGGCAGAAUUCAAUUGGUGCUGGUAGGAAGAGCAUUGGGCAGGCUGGAUCUGGGGCUCAGAGCAAGGCGAAUAGGCUGAGGAGGGCGAAUACGGUUGGGCCGUCUGAUUUUGGUGGCGGAGGCGACAUGAGUACGGGGGCCAAUGGUACGGGAACGGGAAGACCGUCAGUCCUCUCGCAGGCCGCCAAACCUUCCACUUCCGCUUCCACUGCUCGACCCUCGGGGAGUAGCAUCGGACUUGGCCCCAGACCUCUGACCACGACAGCAUCCAAACACAUCGUAUCUGCAGCCUCCGCCAACAAAUCCAUCCUUCCUAAUGCUAGACCAAUAUCCGCUAUAGGCUCUGGACCACUUGCCAACAAACCUAAGACGGGCACGCUGGCUGCGUUUGUAUUUCAACGUAGGACGGCCGGCCAAGGAGGAGGAGGCCCGAAAGCAAGCAAGAGGACGACAUUGCCCACUGUCAUCGGCAGUCCUGUCAAGGGCGGUGCAGAUACUGUAGGUCAGAAUUUUGGUGAUAUUGGGGGAUCGGGUCCUAAGCUGGGCCCUGCUUUUGGUGCUGCCUCGGGGUCGGGCGCUGGAUCUAGCGGACAAAACGGGUCAGGAACGGGACAUAGCGGUGGAGCUGUCGAUGCAAGGGGCGAAGCAGCCAUGGAUGUCGACUCAUCGAACGCUGCACCGACGGUGUUCAAAGGCAAGGGAAAACUCAAAUCCUUCCAAGACCCCGAAUUGCACGGUGACGCACCACCCUCGUCGUUCAAGUUACCCACUUCAUCCCGCAUGCAGCUCGAUAGACUAGGAGAUGUCUUCUUCAAUGACGAGGAGGAAGAAUCCACCGGUGAACCUGGAACACCAGAAUACAACCCUCAUGCUGCCUGGCGGAGGAAUGCGUCGAGGAGGGCAAGUAUGGCUCGGGAGAUGUUGUCUCAGUCGCUCACGGACAAGCCUGAAGAACAUGGUGGUAUCGUGUUUAAGGACUACAGGAGCGGGGGCGGCCAAUCUGGUGAGAAUGGUGCCGGUGCCAAUGAGGCAACCACUGGGGGUGCUGCCACCGAUACACAAACACAGGCUCUCCCGAGCACUACUACAGAAACUCCUCCACCCGCUCCUACCCACGGUCGUCACCUCCGCUCCUCGAGCACCUCAAUCCCCUCAAAGAAACAAUCCACUAUCAUGGCUGCUCUAUCCAAAGGACACCCGCAAGGAAAGAGUGCUCCUGGUGGGCUGGGAAAAGCUUCGGGCUCGGGCGCGCACGUAUCUGCUGGUGGCGCUGUACGACGAGCAGCAUCGCAGGCUCCAGAGCGGAAUGUUGGGAGAAGUGGGGGUGGUACAGGUGCUGGGGGAGAGUUUUCGAGUCUUUUGAAGGGGUGUGUGAUUUAUGUGGAUGUCAGGACUGACGAGGGUGAUGAUGGAGGAGAGCUGUGUAGGGAGUUUUUGGAGGCGAUGGGGGCGAAGCGACUGGGACGGAUCGGCCAAUCCUGCACGCAUAUUGUUUGGAAGAACGGAAGCAAGACGACCUCAGAUCGUUGGAGACAGAUGGACCCGAAGCCUCUGGUUGUGAUGCUGGCCUGGGUGGUAGGGUGCGUCGAACAGAAAAAGAGGCUGGACGAGAGGUAUUAUCUGGUCGACCUGGAGCACGUCAAUGUUGCUGGUAUAAAUAAGCGCCGUAAAUCUUUCCUGCCGAAGCAUUUGAUUUCUGACAUUGGUUCCCCGCCCUCUGCGGGGAGUUCUGGUUCUGGAGGGACGUCCGCGGGAGACCGAUCCAUGGACACCUCUGUGGACGGCGAAGAUCUCGGCAACUCGAGUCAACGAUUUGGGGACGACGAAGAGGAUUUGCCACCGCUGGAGAGGGCGAGGAGAAGGAGGAUGGCGGCGAGCCAGGGGCCGAAGUAG